CAUUUUUAUCUCCCCAGAUUUUCUUGGAGAACAAUGGCUAUGGCAAAUGGCUCAUUUGUGAUGGAAUUCAUUCUCUUGGGGAUAACAGAAGAGCCUGACCUCCAAGUACCUCUCUUCUUCCUCUUUCUAGUAAUAUAUAUGAUAACCACAUUAGGAAAUUUGGCUUUGAUCGUUCUAAUUGUGUUAAAUUCUAACCUUCAUACCCCAAUGUACUUUUUUCUCUUUAACUUGGCCCUCAUAGACCUCUGCUAUUCUUCAGUGAUUACCCCCAAAAUGCUAAUGAACUUCUUGCUGAAGAAGAAUGUUAUCUCUUACACAGGUUGCAUGACCCAGCUCUACUUGUUUUGCUUUUUUGCCAUUUCUGAAUACUAUGUACUAACAGGAAUGGCCUAUGAUCGUUACGUGGCUAUCUGUAAUCCACUCUUGUAUAAAAUUGCUAUGUCCCCUCGGGUGUGUUUCUAUCUUAUGCUUGGUUCAUAUUUGAUGGGGUUUUCUGGUGCCAUGAUCCAUACUGGAUUCAUGCUGAGACUAACCUUCUGUGAUGGAAAUACCAUCAACCACUACUUCUGUGACCUCCUCCCUUUACUGCAGCUCUCCUGCACCAGCACCUAUGUCAAUGAGAUAGAGCUGUUCAUUGUAGCAGGAAAGGACAUUGUUGUUCCUACCUCCAUCAUUCUUAUUUCCUAUGGCUUCAUUCUUUGCACCAUAAUCCAGGUGAGGUCCAUUGAGAGCAAAUACAAAGCCUUCAGUACCUGCAGUUCCCAUUUAUUUGCUGUUUCCCUGUUUUUUGGGUCAAGCACCUUUAUGUAUCUUCAGCCAUCCUCAGCUGGGUCUAUGGCUGAGGGAAAAAUUUCUUCCAUCUUUUAUACUAUUGUGAUUCCCAUGAUGAAUCCCUUAAUCUAUAGCUUGAGGAACAAAGACGUUAAGGUUGCUCUGAGAAGAACCCUGAAUAGGAGAAUGUAUUGA